AUGUUUCAACAAAAAUUAAAGUUGUAUGAUAUUGGAUCAAAUCAAUCUUCAUCUUCAUCAUCAAUAUCAAGUACUACAAUAUCAAUUCCAAAUGAACUCAAAUUGUGUGUUGCAACAAAACGUCGUUCACUUGUUUUCUAUCGUUGGCUUCCUCAACAAAAACGUUUAGAAGAAAAUAAAGAUUUACGUGGUGCUUUUGAUUUAAUUGAUGUUCCACGUGCAUUAGCAUUAUCACGUGAGAAAAUCUGUAUUGGUUAUAGAAGAUCUUAUGUUAUUAUGAGUCUUAUAACUGGUAUGAUUAUUAAUGAAUUAACAUUUACAACGGUACAUGAACCAGUUAUAACUUGUCUUCAAGAUCGAACACAAUGGUGUAUACAAAUGGAAUCAAAUACUGUAUUUUUGAAUUCAAAUUUUGAACCAUUAUAUGAAAAUGGUAUUACAUGGAAAGAUAUUCCAUCAGCUAUUGUUCAAGCAAGUCCAUAUGUAUUAGCAUUAAUGAAUCAAUCAAUUGAUGUUUGUACAUUUAAUGGUUCACAAUCUGUACCUGUACAACAAAUUCCACAUAAAGGUUCAACAACAGCAGGAAAAUGUCGUUUAUGGAUGGAUGCUCGAACUGAAAGAAUUUAUGCUGCAACACCCACUGAUGUUACUAUACUUGAACCAAUACCUGUUCAUAUACAAUUACAAAAUUAUGUUGGUAGAUAUAGAUAUGAUUUAGCAUUAAUUCUUGUUCGAGCUGUACUUGGAAUAUCUGUAUCAUCACCAUUGAAUGAACAAUCAAGAACAAAUGAUGGUCAUGCAAAAGGAAAGAUUGAUAUAUCUGCACUGCCUAAACAAGUAAUAUUUGAAAAUAAUGAACAAUCAUCAAAUAAAUCAUCAGCUAGUGGAUCAAUAAUUCGUCAACCUUCUUUAAUAAAUGAACCGUUUCAUAAUAAUCAAAAAUUAACUGAUACAGAACUUUGGACUGAAUAUUAUCGUGUUGGUACGAUGGAUGCAUUUCAAUUAUUUCAUAAACAACAAUUUGAACAAGCUUUUGCUGAAUUUAAUGAUUUUUUAACUGAUCCAACUGAAAUCAUAUCAUUAUUUGCACCAUUAUCAGCUAAUGUAUGGUUAACAAAUUCAUAUAAUGAAUUAAAUGAAUUUGUUAAACAACAUCGACAUUUUGCUGAACCAAAUGAUUUUGUUGGAGUUAAAUUUGAAAAUGCUUUACAUGAAUUACAACGUUAUUUAACUGAUUUACGUCGAGUUUUUCAAACAAUUUUUCGACGUUCACCAGAUAGUUGGCUUGAAGUUCAAUCACUUGUCCGAAAUCGUCUUAUAUUAAAACCUGUUCAUGAUUUAUUAAUAGUUGUUGAAACAGCUUUACUUAAAGCUUAUUUAAUUGAUAAUAAUAAUACAUUAGCUAAUGCAUUAUUACGUAAUCAAGAUAAUAGUUGUUUACCAUCGGAAGUUGAAAAAGAACUUAAAAAACAUCAUCGUCGUCAAGAAUUAGUUUCAUUUUAUGAAAAACACAAUCGACAUAGUGAAGCAUUAGAAUUAAUUACAAAUACAGAAUCAUUAUCAACACGUGAAAAUAUUCUUAAUUAUUUAUCAAAACUUGAUAGUAAUCAAUUACCAUUGAUAUUUAAAUAUAUUGAACCCAUGAUAAAAUCAGCUUUAAAAGAAAUAAAUAAUGAAAAUAUUCUUCAUGAUAUAUUAAUAUUAUUUGUUGGAGAAUCAACACCAACAUCACCAUCACCACCAACAAUUGAUACGUCAAAUAUAGGAACAAUUAAACUUAAUCCAAUUGAAGUAUAUGGAUUUUUAAAAGAAAUUAAUCAAGAUUUUGCUAUAAAAUAUUUAGAAACUAUUUGUUUAAAACCAGAACUUGGUUCUAAACAACGUGAUAUUCAUAAUCGUCUUGUUUAUGCAUAUUGUGAUCGUAUUAAACAAUUAUCUAAUGUAUUUAAACCAAUGAUCAAAGCUAAACAACGAGCAAUAAAUGAUAAGCAACAAAAUACUUAUGAAGACAAUGAUGUACUUGCAACUCAAUCAUCAGCAGUUAAUGUUGAAGAUUAUUCGGCAAUAUCUUCUAUAAAAAAACAAAAAACUGAUUAUGAAAACAAGUUAAAAUUCUUUUUACUUAAUCAAAAUUGUCAAUGUGAUUUUGAUAAAUUAGAAGCAUAUUUUCUUCAAGAACAAAAUGAUACAUCAAAUGAACAUUUAUUUAGUUUACAUUAUGCUAUUGUACUUGGUAAAUUAGGUCGACAUGAAUUAGCACUUGAAACAUUUGUUAAAAAUGGUUUUUAUACAGAUGCUGAACGUUAUUGUGAAACUAUGUAUUCAAAUGGUAAUAUUCAAUUAGCACAUGAUCUUUAUCGUCGUUUAAUUGAAUUUUAUUUAAAAAAAAGUAAUGAUGGAAAUUUAAAUGAAAAUAGUUUAAAAACAAUUUUACGUAUUGUUAAUAAUGCAUCUGAACGUCUUGAUCCUGUUCAAACAUUAGAAAUUUUACCAGGUCAAUUGAAAUUAAAUAAUUUAAAAGAUUUUAUUGAACAUGCAUUACAAACAUGUUCAACAAAUAAACGUAGUUCACAAUUAGAACGUAAUUUACUUUUUUUAACAUUACUUCGUACACAAUCAAAACGUAUAUCAAGUGAAAAUCAUUCAUAUAUAAUUGAUGCUGAUUCCACAUGUGCUCGAACAGGAUGUACACAACCAUUUACAGCAACACAAGCUGUUGUAAGAUUUCCAAAUCAGAAAUUAGUUCAUCUGCAUUGUAGAACGAAAUAUGAAGAUGAAUGUAACAAAGGCAAUAAGAAUCAAUAUUAAAGAUUUUUUUUUUAUUUUCUUUAUUUUUUAAUUUAAUGUGAUUGUAUUUUUUUUCUAUUGAUUUACCGAGUGGCUUAAUUUUCUUUUUUUCUUAUGUUCUAGAUCAACUUACUUGAAUAGUAUAAAAUGAGAAAAAAAAAACACUAAUUCAACUGUUCAUGUUGAGUAUUAUUCAAUGGUCUUAAUUAUUGAUUCUCAGUCUAUAUUGUUUCAG